UAUCAGUCCAAGGCUCUCAGAAUUGUAGUAAAACCGAAAAACCAGCGCGUUUAUGAUUUCGCUGGGUUCACUUCAGUUUGUCAGUUCAUUAGGCGGUCAUACUUAAAAGAGCGAUUUAAAAUCGACUUACCACAUCGAUUCCGACUGUACAGCUUCAAAAGUCCAACCUUCUGUGAUCACUGCGGCAGUCUACUUUACGGACUCUACAAACAGGGAGUCAAAUGCGAAGUUUGUGGGAUCAACGCGCAUAGUAAGUGCCAAGGUUUGAUGGCCAACCUCUGCGGAGUGAACCAGUUACGACUGGCUGAUACUCUGGCAGAAAUCAAAAUCAGCAACAACUCUACUUCGAACAACAACUGCAGUUUGUCUUGUAGUGACAUUACGGAAAAGAAGCUGUCAACGAGCAGUAAGGCAUCAGACGUGUUGCUGGUUGAGCUCAAAGGGAAGAAACGGUACUUCGCAAUGAAGUGCCUCAAGAAAGACGUGAUCCUGAACGGCGAGGAUAUCGAAUGCACAUUGAUCGAGCGGCGCCUGCUCAUCAUGGGAAGCCAGUGUUGUUUCCUGACCAAAUGCUACGGAUGCCUGCAAUCACGGGACUACGUGUUUUUCCUCAUGGAAUUCCUGAACGGUGGUGAUCUCAUGUAUCACAUUCAACGGGUCAAAAAGUUUCCUGAACCUUGCGCAAAUGUUUUCAGAUUUUAUGCAGCCGAAAUCUUAUGUGGAUUGACGUUUCUUCAUGACAAAAGUAUCAUAUACAGGGAUCUGAAGCUGGACAACGUAAUGCUUGACAUCGAGGGUCACAUCCAUCUCACGGACUUUGGCAUGUGCAAAACGGAAAUGAACCGCGAACACGGUAAGGCCAGCACAUUCUGCGGAACGCCCGACUACAUUGCUCCAGAGAUAAUAAAAGGCAAACUAUACUCAGAGGCGGUAGACUUCUGGUCAUUCGGCGUGUUGCUGUACGAAAUGCUAAUUGGUCAGUCGCCAUUCCACGGUGAAAAAGAAGAGGAACUGUACGAAUCGAUCACCAACGAGCAACCUGCAUUCCCAAAAUCACUCAGCAAGGAAGCUGUCAGAUGCCUUCAUUCGCUGUUCGACCGAAAUCCCGAUACUCGUCUUGGCAUGCCAGAUUGCCCUCAGGGCCCCAUCAGGUCGCAUCCGUUCUUUCGUGACAUCGACUGGAAAAAGGCGAGCAUGCGACAGCUAACGCCCCCUUUCAAGCCAACGGUGGUAAACCAAUUUACAGAUUUUGACGAAGGUGUGCAAUCAUUCUCUAUUAAUGAUCGUAUUGCAUUAACUUCUGUCGCAGUGCUGCGUUACGAAAAUGGUUUCUAG